UGCUCACGGACUCGGACGGUUGAAAUUGAUCAAUGUAGGCUCGGCUCGGCGUGGCAUCAGGAGCCGCAUGCACUUGGUCGAAUGGCGCCGUCGGCUUCUAGCGAAUUUCGCCAGUCCUACGGAGUAGACAUGGUGCAGUACACACACCGCCCCAGGCCAACUCGGGUAUCCGUGCCAUUGAGAGCAUUCAUCCCAACUUCGAAGCCCACCUACCUAGGUACUAGUGCCUCCUCUUCGGUCUUGGUCUGGAGCAGCAAUGAAGACGCAUGUGAGAUCAGAUGCACAUCGUGGGUUUAGCACACCAAGAAGGCAAAGAAAGGCAGCAAGAAGUAUUCAUAUACGACGCAGAACAAUCUCAACAUGGGCCAUGCUGACGAAGAGGCGCUUACAGGGCUCAAGGGUAGCGAAGGAAACGAACGGACCACGCCGACUAUUCUUCCAACUGACGACGCUUGUUCCCCCAAGCCGCGCAUUAUGCUACAUACAGAGAUGCCCUCGCUCGACGCCGGUUGAUAUGGCGAAGCUUCCCAGCCGCUCUCUCCACUUUCAUUUGCAGUCACAAGCGAAGGCGUGGCUUCCGCCAUACCGCACAAUGCGAUGCCGACCCCGAAAAGGGCCGGAUACCACUGCCGUUGAGGUGCAUCACACGCACUCUGGACACAUCUCCUGCCUCAGUGCCACAUUGCAGCAUGCAUACCGGACCGGGCACCUGUGGCCUCAACCUCGAACCCCCCCCCCCACCCGACAAAAGCAUCUUCCCAUCUCCGGCCGGUAGGUAGGAAUCACACGCAAUUUCGUACCGGGGGGCCUGGUGAAGGUAAAGGGUCCGCCCUGCUUGAUGCCGCGGCCCCUCAACCUGGGAAGGGGGGCGAUC